UCCAAGUCAUUACAGUUGUUGUUUCAAUUGUUCGUUACAUUUGCUUGAUUCGUUAAGCAUAUCAAAAGUUUCGUUAAAAAUGAAGUCAACUUUAUUUGUUGCUUUAAUUGCUCUUGCAAUCUCAAGCUCAUUUGCCGUUAAAAUCAAAGGUUCAUGUCCUGACGCAGAACAACUUGCAGGUGAUGAUUGGGCCUUUUCAAAUAUCGAAGGUGAUUGGAAUGUUUUAGGUCGAAGUGAACAAACUGUCCCGAGAACUGUGUACAAUACUAUUGAGAUCGACCACUUAUAUCCUGGAAAGAUUGCCGUUAUUGAGAAAGGAAAUGCUCGAGACAAUGAUGUUAUUUCAUUUCUGGACAAGUAUAUCGAAAUGACUGUUGGUGAUUUUGAUGGCAAGUCAUAUUAUGAUACUGCUGUGCGUGAUUCCUUGGUUAUAUUUGAUCCAUUUUCAUUCGACAUCACAACCUCAGAUGGUAAACGAGGACAAUUUUGGAUUCCUUAUUGGGCUCGCCAAACAUAUGAUGAAGCCGUGUUAGCAAGUUGUGUUAAAAUUGACGAUUCAGCAGUUGAUAUUAAAGCUUGGUUUGUUUCAAAGGCUAAACAAGCUUCACCUUCACAAGAAGUUAAAGAUCUUGUUAAAGAAUUAACUGGAAACGAAUUGAUUAAAGUCUGUCAAGUGCCACCAUGUGAUAUUAGUGAUAAAAAUGAAAUUUUCAAUUAAAAUCUUCAUCUGUUGAUUUAACUCUGGAAUAUUAUUCAUGUAAAAUUUUCAAUAGCAAACUUUCCUGUUGAUUAUUCCCGAGUUAUGAUUAUUUAUCCUUGUUCAGGUUUCUCUGCCUUUGUCUCUUUGCUUUCCCAUCAGAUGGCUAAGAAAAUAUAAUAAAUAUAUUGUUGAUUAAA